GUGGGGGUGACUGGGAAGUUACUGGGAGCACUGAGGCUGAGGGGGAAUUAUGGGAGGAGGGUUACUGGUAGAACUGGGAACGUGAGUGGUGGGUGAUUACUGGGAGCACUGGGAACACUGGGGUGACAGGCGCUGGCCGGGUGUCCCCGCAGGUGCCCAUGUUCCUGGCCGAGGUCCCCUGGGCGCUGGUGGCCCCGGGGCAGCGCCCACCCGGGCCCCCCGGACCCUCCCCAGCCCCCGGUGCCACCAACCCCCCGCAACCACCCCCGGAGCCAUCACCACCCAACCACCACGUCCCCGGCGCGUCCCCAGCGGCGCCCGCCGGCCACCAGCACAGCAGCGUCCCCUCGGCGUCCCCCGGCCACCGCUGCGGCGACUGCGGCAAGACCUUCGGGGCCCGCUCGCGCCUGGCCGUGCACCGGCGGGUGCACACGGGCGAGCGGCCCUUCGCCUGCGGCCACUGCGGCAAACGCUUCAGCCAGAGCUCGGCGCUGGGCCUCCACCGGCGCCUGCACACGGGCGAGCGGCCCCACGCAUGCGGCGAGUGCGGCAAGGCCUUUGCCGUGCCCUCGCACCUGGCCGUGCACCGGCGGGUGCACACGGGCGAGCGGCCCUUCGCCUGCGGCCACUGCGGCAAACGCUUCAGCCAGAGCUCGGCGCUGGCGCUGCACCGCCGGGGCCACACGGGCGAGCGGCCGCACGCUUGCGGCGAGUGCGGCCGGGCUUUCGCCGUCGCCUCCCACCUGGCCGCCCACCGGCGCAUCCACACGGGCGAAAAGCCUUUCCCCUGCCCACAGUGCGGCCGCCGCUUCCGCCAGCGCUCCGGCCUCGUCGCCCACCAGCGGGGCCACAAACACCCUAAUCCAGCUGUGGACGUGGACACCAAAUCUGUUUCUGGACACCCCAAACCCAUCUCUGAGCACCCAAAGUCUAAGCAGCCCAAAUCCAGCUCUGGAUACCCCAAAUUUGUCCCCCCACUACAACCACCAUCGCCGCCGCCUCCCCCCCCCCGGGGCCCCUCGGUCCCCCCCACCACCCUGGCUGAGCCCCCACUCCCGGGUCUCCCCGCAGGGAUGGAGCAGGCAGAGGAACCGUCCGGCGCCCGUGCAGGGAGUGGAAAGAGCCACAAGGUGGACAUCAUCGAGAGCCUGGCGACGUCCCCACUGCUGCCACCACCCUCCCCGCCACCCUCCCCCGAACUGGGUUGGCCCUGGGGGGCGGCGGCAGCAGGCACCCGCAAGCCUUACAAGUGCACCGAGUGCGGCAAGGCCUUCGGGCAGAGCUCGCACCUCAUGCGGCACCUGGGCACCCACACGGGCGAGAAGCCCUACAAGUGCGGCGCCUGCGCCAAGAGCUUCGCGCAGCGCUCCAACCUGCUGCAACACCAGCGGGCCCACACCGGCGAGAAGCCCUACGAGUGCGGCGCCUGCGGCAAGCGCUUCGGCUGGAGCUCCAACCUCAGCCAGCACCGGCGUCUCCACACCGGCCAGAAACCCUUCCAGUGCGGCCAGUGCGGCAAGCGCUUCGGCGAGAGCGCUCGCCUCCUCGAGCACCAGCGCACCCACACCGGAGAGAAGCCCUACCGCUGCCCCGACUGUGCCAAGACCUUCAGCCGCGGCUCCCACCUUGCCCGCCACCGCCGCCUGCACGCUGCCGAAAGGGGCCCUGGCAAGGCGUGCGGCCAGAGCGCGGCCCUCGCGCUGCGCCGUGGAGCCCACGGGCUCUGAGGGCCCCCGCUUUGGCGGAGGGGAGGCUUGGCGGCGCAGCCGGACCUCGCACGGGAGCCACGGGGAUGGAGUUCAGCCCUGGCGGUGCCCACUGUUGGCUUGCGGAGAGUCAGCGUGGGCAGACGGGCAUGGCGUUGGGGACAGAGACUUGGGGAGGGUCCAUGACGUGGCCAACAGCUACCAUGGCCCUUCUGUGGUUGCUGCAGGGACAUGGUUCGGCCCUGCCAGUGCCCAUCAUCGGCUUGCAGAGAGCCCACGUGGGCAAGCGGACGUGGGAUCAGGGCAAAUGUGGACAGGAAGACUUGGAGAUGGUCCACAACAUGGCCAAUGGCCACCAUGGUCCUUCUGCAGUAGCUACAAGUACGUGGAUUAGCCUCAGCAGCACCCGUCAUUGGCUUGCAGGGGACCCAAAUGGGCAAACGGAUAUUGGACCAGGGUCGUAAAGACUGGGAGGCUCCACAAUGUGGCCAGCAGCUACCAUGGCCCUUCUGCAGUAGCCACGGGGACGUGGUUUGGCCCAGUUGGCCCCCAUCAUUGGCUCAUGGAGAGUCCACGUGGACAAACGGAUGCAGAGUUGGGGACGAACACAGAUAGGAAGACUCGAGGAAGAUCUGUGACAUGGCCAACGGUGGUCAUGGGCCCUUCUGCAGAAGCCACAGGGAGGUGUUUUGACCCCACUGAUGCCUGUCAUUGGCUUGCAGAGCCCACAUGGGCAAACGGAUGUAGGAUUGGGGCAAACGUGGAAACGAAGACUUGGGGUUGGUCCAUGACAUGGCCAAUGGCCACCACAGCUCUAUUGCAGUAGUCAUGGGCACAUAAUCUGGCCCUGUGAAUGCCCAGAAUUGGCUUGCAGGGAGCCUGCGUGGACAGAUGGGCCCACAUUUGGGAUUGCGAGUGUAAAUACUUUGGGAGGCUCCACAAAGUGGCCAACAGCUACCCCAGCACUUCUGUGGUAGCCACGGGGACAUAGUUGGCCGAAAUGGCACCUCUCACUGGCUUGUGGAGAGCCCACAUGGGCAAACGGACGUGGGAUGGUGGGCAGACAUGGACAGGAAGGCUUGGGGGUGGUCCAUGACAUGGCCAGUGGCCACCACAGCCCUUCUGUGGUAGCCACAGGGAUGUGGUUCAGCCCCAUCAGCACCUGUCGCUGGCUUGUGGAGAGCCCACGUGGGCAAACAGAUGUGGGAUCGUGGUUGUAAAUACUCCAAGAGGCUCCACAACGUGGCUGAUGGCUACUGCAACCCUUCUGUGGUAGCUACAGGAACAUGGUUUGGCCCUGAUCAUUCGCUUGCAAAGCCAACACAGGCAAACGGAUGCGGGACCAGGGACAAACAUGGACACAAAGACUCAGGGAGGAUCCAUGAUGUGGGCGACGGCUACCACAGCCCUUCCAUGGUGGCCACCGGGAUGUGGUCCAGCCCCAUCAACGUCCAUCGUUGGCUUCUGGAGAACCCACAUGGGCAAACAGACACGGGAUUGGGGCAGACAUGGACACGAAAUUCAGGGCUGAUCCACGGCACAGCCAAGGGCUGCCGUGGCCCUUCUGUGGCAGCCACGGGGAUGUAGCUUGGCCCCCAUCGUUGGCUUAUGGAGCGGCCGCGCGGGCAAACACGGACACAAAGACUCGGGGAGGCUCCGCACGUGGCCAGCUGCUCCCGUGGUGGCCACAUGCUCGUGGGACCAGGGGAACCUCGUUAAAGGCCAAUUCCUAAAAGCGACUUUGCACCGAGACGGGCUCUGCCACCGGGAUUUUUAGGGGGCAAAACAAAA